AUGAAGGCGGUCCAGAUCCGCGAAUUUCUCAAAGUCCGUGAGCCAGUUGAUACCGUCGUUGCCCCAGAGAGCUCUCCCUGUCUUGUAGUCUUCCGUCUAACAGUUGAGAACCUCGGUGACGUCACCGUCUCCGACGUAGCGCCGCCUGUGCCCAAAGAGGACGAGGUGGUCGUGCAGGUGAAAGCCGCUGGCGUCAACUUUGUCGACACUCUCUAUGCCCGUGGGAAGCACCAAAAUAACCGCCGCCAUGUUACGCCGCCGUUCACCCUUGGCCUCGAGUUCGCCGGCAUCGUCAUGUAUGCGCCGCGCACCGGCCCUGGCGCGGCCUUCCAGCUCGGCGACCGCGUCUUCGGCUCGUCCCUCGGCGCCUACGCAGAGCAGAUCGCCGUCCCUGCCUCUGCACUCAGCGCGAUCCCGCACGGCUGGAGCUACGCCGCCGCCGCGGGCAUGGCUGCCACACUUCCGGUGUCCUACGGCGCCCUGGUGAUGCGCGCCCAGCUGCAUGCCGGCGAGACGGUGCUCGUGCUCGGCGCCGCCGGUGGCUUGGGCUGCAUGGCCGUCCAGAUUGCCGCGCGCGCUGUCCCCGCCAAUGGCGGCUAUGGCCGCUGCCGCGUCAUUGCCGUCGCAUCGAGCCCGGAAAAGUGUACCGUGGCACAGCGCUGUGGCGCCGACGUGGUCAUUGAUACGUCCGACACGGCGUCGGGCAAGCCGUGGUGGGCGCGUGUGCUGGACGCGACGCCCGAUGCUCGCGGGGUCGACGUGGUCUUUGACUCGGUCGGUCUCGUGAGCGAGAGUCUCAAGUGUCUGGCGCACCGGGGCCGCGUGUUGGUGGUGGGAUUUGCGGCGCGCGACGAUACGACGCUCGAGCAGGUGGCCAUGAACCGCGUCCUCCUCAAGCAGGCGACGAUCGUCGGCUACCGGUACGGCGAGUCGCUGCGGCGGGACCCAGACGAGAACCAGCAGAUCUGGCGCGGCCUGGAAGGUAUCAUUGCCGCGGGGACGAUCCAGCCGGUGGUCUAUGAUCGGCCGUAUCGGGGGCUGGGCGCGGUGGCGGAUGCGCUGCAGGACAUUGCCAACAGGCGCGUCUGGGGCAAGGCCAUUGUCGAUGUGGACGGCGUGGACGACAAGGACUCGGGCACGUCGAAACUGUAG